AUGCCUCUUCCCGAUGUGUUGAUGCAGCGAGUUGACGAGUACGUCGACUCGCUGGCGCCGCAAAUCCAGCCCCGCAUCGCUUCUGAGAUCGACAUCUUCCAGAAGAAGACCAUCGAUGGUCUAGAAGACCAGGUUGUCGAUGCAUUCCGCUCACUCUUCGACAAGGAUAAGGGUCACUCCCAGGACGGAUCACGGCGUCUCGAUGACUCGCCUCCCGACGCUUACGGAGGCCAGUCACUGCCCUUCGCAGACGAGAUCGCCAAGCUGACACGGAGCUUUACCCAAAUCACCGAUGAGGCGGGCGAUGACCUGCGUGACAUUUUCGACCUCACUGAGGGCCGCGGCGGAGGCUCAGGUGGAAGCCAGUCUCGAGGAAUCGGCCAAUCCGACUCAUUCUCUGGCGGGGCCAAGGGCUUCCUAUCGGCAGCUAUGAAUGCCGUCCAGGACCAUCUAGACAACGACAGCGGACCAGGAGGAGGCAAGAAGUUUGAGCUCGAUGGACUCCUCGGUGUUCUGAGCGACACGGUUAAGGAUGCUGCACGGAACCCGGAGGAGAAGGCUCGCGUCAUCAGCCCCGAGAUUAAGGAGAAGGUCGGUGCUAAGCUGAGGGAACAGCACGCACCCAUCGCGGAGCAGUUCACUCGCAUCGCGCUUGACCACAUCAAGCGCUGGCUGCGCGGAAAUACGAGCACACGUGAUCUCGGUGACGGUGUCAAGGGAGAGUUUGAAGACCAGGUCAAGGAUAUAGUCAAGGGCAUCGGCGGUCUGUUCGGUAAUAAGAAGCACUCCGAUGAAGGAAGCUCGAGAGGUAUCAGCGAUCGGGAUGGUGACGACGGAGGAAGCAGCGGUGGUUUCUCCAAGGUCAUCAGCGACAAGCUGAGCACUGGUCUCGCAAAAGUCCAUCGUGACGUCCGCCUAGAGUUCCGCACCGUACUCGGCGCGAUCGAGAAGCAGCUGUUCGAGCUGCUGCCGGACGAGUUUCAGCGGCCCCUGGAGAAGAUCCUGGGCGGCAACCCAUUCGACUCGCAGCUCGACCGCGAUGCCGGCUCGCAGGCGGACCGUGGCUUUGGUGAUGAUAUUAAAGUCAAGCUUGUCAACAAAAUUCGCGGUCUAGUGCGCAAGGUGCAAGAGACGCUGCGUGAGAGCAUCCUGGGUCUCGUCAACGGCGGGCACCGCAAAUUUGAGCGUGAGAGCUGGGUAUUCGUGCAGAACAUGGUGGAGCAGAAGGUGCAGAAGUACCUUCCCAAGGUCAAGAUCACCGUGCCGGACGAUAUUGGAAACGAGGGUGUUAGCGUGGGCGCGGUGGCUGGUGGUGCUCAGCCGGGUGGUGGGCAUCAGUCUAGUGGCGGGCAUCAGCCUGCGCCCUCAACACAGGGUAGCUACCCUCCUCCUCCUUCACAGGAUCAUUACGGUGGCCAAGCUCCGUCUCACCAGUCAUACAACCCCUCACAUCCCCAGCACUCGCAGGAGUACCGACCUGAUCAGCACCAGCCGCCAGAGUAUAGGCCCCAACAGUAUCAGCCUCACCAGGAGUACAGGCCAGACCAAUACCAGCCGCAACAGCCGCAACAGCAGCAUCAGCCCGAGCAGUACCACUCGAACCAACAACAAGGCUACGGUCACAAUCAGAGCUACGGCCAGAGCCAGAACUACGGACACAAUCAGGGCUAUGGGGACAAUUCCAACUACGGAUAUCAACAGGGGCACGGCAACAAUCCUCCAUACUGA